AUGAGCAGCUGGGCAUAUUUCCGCAUUGUUGUUGCCUGCCUGGUUGCCACCGCCAUUGCUGCACCUGCUCCAGCUCCAGCCCCCGGAUAUGUAGUGGCAUCUCCGGUUCACUAUAUUCCUUCACACCAUCAUGUCGUGCAUGCCCCGGUCGUGAAAACCGUUGUCCACACCCCGAUCGUCAAGUACAAGACCAUCCCGGUGUACAAAACCGUUCCCGUGGUUCACUCGGUUCCGGUCGUAAAGACAGUCGUCGCCAGUCCCAUGCUGGUGCACAGCCACGGCCAUCACACUACCAUCAUUAAGUGCAUCCUAAAGUUAAUCCCGGUUCCCGAAUUAUGUGUUUGA